AUGGCCGCUUACGGCAGCAGAGGUGGAGAUUCCUUCGGCCAGGGAAGUUCAUGGAGUUUCCGGGAACCCUUCGCAGUCGGCCGCGUUCCGACAUGGGCACGCGCUCGGCAUCGCCAAGAACCGAGGUUGCGGACAUUCCUCGACUCGUUCAAACGGGACCCGGUCCGCCGGAUAUCAACACAUGGCAUCUACGCCCAGAGUCAUCCUGAUCAAUACCAAGCAGCCGACUCCUCGGAUGAACCUCGGACCGAACAGAAUCAUGGAAGCCACUACUUUGACCUGCACGCCGCCAACGUCAGGACGGCAAACACGGGUCUGGCCCGAGAGCUCAAGGGGAGACACUUGCAGAUGAUUGCCAUUGGUGGUUCAGUUGGUUCCGGUUUGUUCGUGGCCUCGGGCAAGUGUCUCUACCUAGGAGGUCCGGCCGCGCUCAUCAUUGCAUAUGGCUUUGUGGGUGUCAUGCUUUGGUGUACUAUUCAAGCUCUCGGUGAGCUGGCCGUUGCUUUCCCCGUUGCCGGUUCCUUCUCGUCAUACUCUACAAGAUUCCUUGAUCCAGCAUGGGGUUUUGCCAUGGGGUGGAACUAUGCCCUCCAAUGGUUGACAGUCCUACCACUCGAACUCAUAGCAGCUUCCAUCACCAUCGGCUACUGGAACGACCAACUCAAUAAAGCCAUCUUCAUCACCAUCUUCCUAGCAACCGUUAUCAUCAUCAACCUCUUUGGUGUCAAAGGCUAUGGUGAAGCCGAAUUCGUCUUUUCCAUUGUAAAAAUCGCCGCAGUCACCGGUUUCAUGUACGUACAUUCCCUUUUUAUCCUCUCCAAAACUCUCCCUAACGAUACCAGCAUCCUCGCCGCAGUCAUCAACAUUGGCGGCUUCGACGACCCCCAAGGCAACACCGGCUACAUUGGCGGGCGCUACUGGACCAACCCCGGCGCCUUUCACCACGGUUUCAAAGGUCUCUGCUCCGUCUUCGUCUCCGCCGCCUUCGCCUUUACAGGUACCGAGCUGGUCGGGCUCGCCGCCGCUGAAACCGCCAACCCGCGUAAAUCCCUACCGACAGCCAUCAAACAAGUCUUUUGGCGCAUCACCCUCUUCUACAUUGUCUCUCUCACCCUCGUCGGCCUCAUCGUCCCCUACAACCACGAGCGCCUGUUGGGAAACAUCUCCCAUUACUCCGUCUCCGACGCCUCGUACUCGCCCUUCGUUAUAGCCAUCGAGUCCGCCUCCAUCCAAGUGCUACCGGGAAUCAUGAACGCCGUCAUCCUCAUCGCCGUACUCAGCGUAGGCAACUCCGCCGUCUUUGGUAGUUCCCGCACCUUAGCAGCCCUGGCCGACCAGCGUCAAGCGCCCCAAAUCCUCGCCUACGUCGACCGCAAGGGCCGGCCCCUCUUCGCCAUCCUUUUUGCAGCUCUCGUCGGCCUCAUCGGCUACCUAGCCGACCUGAAAUUCCAAUCAGACGUGCUAAACUGGCUGCUCGCCGUCUCGGGCCUUUCGUCCAUCUUCACCUGGGGCUCCAUCUGCCUCUGCCACAUCCGGUUUCGCCGCGCCUGGGCCCGCCGGGGCCGGUCCCUUACCCAACUCAGCUUCACUGCACAGGCAGGCAUCACGGGGUCGUACGUCGGCCUUUUUCUAAAUGUCUUUGUGCUGAUUGCCCAAUUCUGGAUUGCGGCGUUCCCGAUUGUCACGUUUACGGAUAACCAGUCGGCGGCUACCGCGUCGCCGAGUAAAGUGGCGCAGAGUUUCUUUUUGCAGUAUCUGUGUGUGCCGAUUGUGGCGGCGUUUUAUUUGGUGUAUAAGCUGUGGUUUAGGACCAAGAUUGUCAGGAGUGAUGAGAUGGAUUUGGAUACGGGACGGAGGAGGGAUGUGAAUUUGCCCGUGUUGGUGAUGAGGGAGAAGGAGGAGGUGGAGGGGUGGCCCGGGUGGAAGAGGGUUUAUCGGUUUUUUUGUUAG